AUGUCAUCGUAUAAAUUUGACAAUAUACCUGAUCGAUUAGAAUGGUCUAAAUUAGAUUGUGUUGGUCAAAUACCAAUAGUUCGUGUUGGUCAUUCAGCUUGUUUUGUAUUAAAUGCCAUUUUAACGUCGGUGGGAGAUGAUCACUAUGAACGGGGUUGUAUUUACAUAUUAGGCGGAGCAAAUCCCUCGCAAUGUUUUGCUGAUAUUCAUAUGCUAACAUUAUCAUCAUUAAAAUGGACUAAAAUAAUUGAUAAUGAAGAAACACUACGUAAAUACGAACAUUCGACCGUUUAUUAUCCAUUAAAAAAUUCGAUCAUUUAUUUUGGUGGUGCUAAUACUGAGAAAAAUUUUAAUGAUGUUAAUCAGUUUAACAUAGCACAAAAAGCAUUUCAGAUAUUAACUGUUGGUUCGAAUAUUGUCUCUCCACGUACACAUCAUACAUCAGUAAUAAUUAACGAUAGUUUUUACAUAUUCAGUGGUGGUGAUAAACAAAGUAAAGCCGUUUGUGAUAGUGAACUUUAUCGUUUUGAUAUUGAAACUCGUACAUGGGAAACCGUACAAGUACAUGGUAUACCUCCAGAACAACGUCAUGGACAUUGUAUGUUAGCUGUUAAUAGAACACUUUAUUUACAUGGAGGAAUGGAUAAUCGGACAUUUUUUAAGACAUUAUACUCAAUUGAUUUAGAACAACAGACAUUACAUUGGACUGAGUAUAAAACAGAAUCUAAUUGGCCAAUGGCACGAGCGGCACAUGGUGGAGUAGCAUGGGAUGAGAGACUUUAUAUUUUUGGUGGUCUAGGACAAGGUGGUCCAGCAUUGAACGAUCUAUGGUCUUGGGAUUGUACCACGAAACAAUGGACAGAAUUAUGUUGUCGAAAUCAAUCAAUUAUUUCUCCUAGACUUGAUUUUGCUUGUUGUUUAAUACAAAUAGAUAAAAGUCGUUUAGAACAGCAGUCACACGAGAAUUAUGAUGAGACGUCAUCAUCUAAUGAUUGUCAAAAAUCUGUACAUAAAAAUCUUGUUGCGCUUAUGUUUAUUCAUGGUGGAACAGAUACAGAGGGUGAGGUAUUUGAUGACUGUUUUAUACUAAGAAUUGAUGAAAAAUGA